UCGUCAGAUUUGCGCCCAAAUCCCCUCCCUAAACCUUUAGACGGUGACGACUGACGAGAGAGUGAGAGAUAGCGAGCCAGCGAAAUGUGGAGGUCCGUCGUAAGAAUAGCCGCCGGGAACCUCAAAUUGAAUCGGAGGUCUUCGAUUCUAAAUGAUACCGUUUCUCAUUUCUCAGCGCCCGCCGUGGAAACACUUCUCCCGAGUUUAGAUCAUGUGCAUCGAUGCUUUUCAUCUUCGAAGAGCACCAAAUCUUCUAUCACCAAGACCAAGAAGGCUGAAGGCAAAAAAUCCAAACCUAAAGGCGGCGAUCCUGGUGCCGCCGGAACAGAGGACGGAGAGUUUGGAGGCGGCGGAGGAGAUGACCUCGAAGCCGGUCGAGCCAAGAGGUUAGCUGAUGAUGAGAAGAUUCCGUCUCUAGAUGUAGGUCCUAAUGGAAGGCCUCUCUUUACUCCCAAAGAGACUACACUCUCGCAGCUUUCUCACAAGGAUAUUGGCUCCUACUUCAAAUUCGAUGAGGCAGCACUGAAAGCAGUUUUGCCGGAGGGAUUGGCUUCAGGAAUCCAAGACGAGUUUAAUGAAUCAUGGAGACCUGCUUUGCUUGUGAGAAAAAGUUUCUUGGCUCUUAGGGAUAAUUUCAGACGCAUUGCUGAUCCUCCUAUGUGGCCAAGUGACGGUAAAGGUGUCAAACUUAAGAAACAGAUUUUCCUGGAUGGCCCUGUUAAAUGUGGAAAGAGUAUUGCUUUGGCGAUGCUUGUUCACUGGGCACGUGACGAAGGCUGGCUAGUUUUAUAUGCCCCGAAAGGACGUGACUGGACUCAUGGAGGUUACUUCUAUAAGAAUCCACAUACAGGUUUUUGGGACACUCCUCUACAAGCUGAGAAUAUUCUCAAGGACUUUGUCAAGUUCAAUGAAUCCCGUUUAAAAGAGUUAAGGUGCAAGAUACAUGAUCCCAUCGUGCUUGGAGAGGGUGCGGGUGUAGGAUACCUGAAAGGAGCAGAUACCAUGCCAGUUCCAGAGGAUUCAACUCUGUAUGACCUUGUGCAAAUGGGGAUUAAGAGCACUCAUGCAUCAGUUAAUGUCGUAGUGCGACUUAGAAAAGAGCUCUCACUCGUAAAAGAUGUACCAGUGUUGAUUGCAAUCGAUCAAUAUAACAGCUGGUUUACAUUCAGUGAGUUUGAGGAGCCUGUAACACCACGUUCUUGCCGACCUAUACAUGCCAGAGAACUUACAACGGUGAACGCUUUCAGAAGCAUGAUGCAUGAAGAUAUGAUGGUGGGUGCAUUCUCACAUUCAACAGCAGUGGGAAAACUACGCAAAGACUUGCCAGAUGUUCCAGUUGAUGCUCGUCAGCCUUUCCCACGUUAUUCUUUGGAAGAAGCAGAAGCUGUCUGCUAUUACUACCUUCGGCAAAGACUAGUUCGGCGUGAAGUAUUUACAGAAGAAAACUGGAAGAAGAUAUACUAUCUGGCAAAUGGGAAUGGAGCUGAGAUGCGUUGGUUAGUCCCUUUCAUGCGUUGAGGUUGGUUAGUCCCAUUGAGAAGCAAACACACAAACAAACAAAAUUAGAUUGUGAUUUUGGUUACAUUAAUGUCGCCUUUGCUGGUGUUUAAAGUUAUCCAUUCAGUUUGGGAAACAACUCUUUUCAUUGUCCUUUCUGAAUUAAAGGAAGAUUUUUGUUGUUUGAGUUCGUAGUUUUUAGGUCUUGGCUGUCUGUAAAACACUGGUUUCUUAACCUUAAUUUCUUUCUAAUAAAAUCAGUGCCUCUCAUUUA